AUGAACUCCAACGCUGUAGUGGUACUCAUUGGAGGAGGCCAUGCUGCUGGAAAACGUACUACUGCUCGGUGGAUUAAAGAGGAUCUUGGGAAGGUUGUUUCUUCGCCUUUGGAGGUGGAGGUGAUAGAUAUGGAUGAUUAUUGCAAUCAGAAGAGCCUUUCGGUGGGACAGGACCACGAUAAGAAUUCGGCUAUAACUGUGACUGCCAAUCGAGCCGUGGAGCUGCUUAAACCGUCCAGGUUUGAUUUUGCUGCUCUACAGCGUCAUAUAGAGGAAGCUACGGCUGCGCUGUCGAGUCUAACUAAGGUGAUCAUUGUCCAUGGUCUCUAUGCUUUGUAUGAAAAGGCCAUUAGGGACCUUUCUCAGAUCAAGGUAUUUAUUAGUGGUGAUGCUGAUGCUAGACUUAUUCGCUGGAUACGAAGAGACGUGCUUGGCGAGGUCAAGAAGGCACAGUUGGAAAAUAUCAUCAAUGCCUACUUGCACGGUGCAAAGCAGGAAAUGAAUGAUUACAUUUUCCCUACUAAAGAGCAGGCUGACGUUAUUAUGCCUCGUGGAGCGGAACCUAACGCAAUUGCGUUGAUUGUGGAUGGUCUUCUUCCUUACUUGGGUCCUCUUGCAAACGAAAGAAUGCCUGAACCUACGAGCUCUAACAUCUUACGUCCUUCAGACCACUCCUUCAAGAACGAAAAGUUCGACGCCCAGAAACGGAAGUACUACGAUGUGGCGUGA